GGAUCCGGAUCCUCACCCCCCGCCCCCUGGCACCCCGAAUCCGUGAGCGCGAGGAGCCGCCGCCGAUCCGCGCGUUCUCUUUCCCGCAGCCACCACCAGCGUCAGGGCCACCACCACCACCAUCACCACCACUAUCAUCAGCAUCAUCAUCAUGUUCCACGGCGUCUCCAGACUCCUCCUCGUGCUGCUGCUGGCGAUGCCCCUCGCCGUGCUGUUAAACGGCAAAGGUCCUGCAUUUGCUCGAGCUGACGAAGACGUGACCGAUGACGAAGUAGACGCAGCGGUGGAGGAAGACGAGGAGGAGGACGAGGAGGACGACACGGAGGUGGAAGAUGAAGAACCGCAGACAGCCAUGACGGGAGAAGACGCGGAUGAGGAAGAGGAAGGGGGCACAGGGGAGCCCACCGCUUCUCCACAUGCUCACACGACCAUCCUCUUCGUCAAGGGCGAUGACUUCCCCGCCAACCGCGUUGUCAAGUUCCUCGUCGGCUUCUCCAACAACGGCUCGGAGGAGUUUGUCGUGGAGUCUCUCGAUGCCUCCUUCCGCUACCCCCAGGACUUCCAGUUCUACAUCCAGAACUUCACGGCGCUGCAGCUGGACACGCUGGUGAAGCCCCAUCACCAAGCAACCUUCGAGUACUCCUUCAUCCCUGCCGAGCCCAUGGGGGGGCGCCCCUUCGGCCUAGUCAUCAGCCUGGGAUACCGUGACGCUACGGCACAGUACCGCGACGCCGUAUUCAACCAAACCGUAACCGUCACCGAGCCGGAUGAGGGAAUCGACGGAGAGACGUUCUUCAUGUACAUGUUCCUCGCCGGGCUGGUGGUGCUGCUCCUGGUCGGCGCACACCAGUUGCUCGAGUCUCGCAAGCGCAAGCGUCCAAGCGCGAAGCCCGUGGAGAUGGGGACGUCUAAUCCGAACGGUGUGGAUAUGAGCUGGAUCCCACAGGAGACCCUCAACCAUAUGAAGCUAAGCCGGAGAGACAAGGCCUCCCCAAAGCGGUCCCCACGCAAGCGCGUGACCCGGCGAUCCGAGGGCGUCAGCGAAUAAAGAAAGGCCAAGUCGUCACUCUUUUUAUUUUUUAUUCUUCCCCAGACUCGUUUCGGCUACAAAUUAUACACCUUUCCCUUACCUUUCCCUUACCCUCACCACCACCGCCAUCACCCCCCGCUCCGCUCCUCCUCCCCCCAACUAUUGUUUCAACUCCUCACCUCCACCAAUGUUUGUGAAACUCCACAGCGUGUCCCCCGUCAAGGAGACGGCACGUCUGUAAUUUCCCGCUUAAUUUUUUCAUUCAUGCGAGAGGCACGGUAAAGCAAACAAAAAAAAGAAAGCAAGUGCCUGCCUUGUUCAUAUGUUCUCAAAAUAAAAGACAAUGUUGUAAUUUUUUUCUAUCGGCUGUAACUCAUAUUUGUGGCCAACUUUUAAGGAAGUUACUUUUGGUAUGAUUUUGUUUGUUUUUUUGCAAGAGCUCGGCAAAAGGUGUCCCGAUGUCGGUGAUUGAAUUUAAUUUUGCAAAAAUAUUCCAACCUCUCCAUAGUUAUGACUUGUCUUCAGUUUUUGUGGCUGCGGGUUGCUUACUUAAUGAGCCACGGUGCAGCUAAAUAGAUCGAUCUUGUGUCGUAAAAAAAAAUGACGUGCCCAGAUUCGCUUGCAGGAAGCAGCCAAUAGGAGGAAAGGGUUGUAAUUGUCAUGGCGGUUAAGUGGGCAACCAAUCGGUGAGCAGAUUGCAGAGUUGCAUUAUAAGGCGAUCUCUUCCCAAGUCAUAUGUUGUACCCUGUCCUCCUGAUCACAAGAUGCUCUGGAAAGCAAAAUGCUGCCCUCAACUUGUGUCGGGGUUUCAAAAAGGUUGUACGGAUCUGAUCGUAGACACGACCUCCUGCAGUGUAAGAUGCACCCCCCAAAUCUUCCUCUAAUAUACCGGGAGAUAAAAACUCGGUGUCAUAAUCUGGAAAAUAUGGUACUCUUACAGAAUAUUGUGGCCGCUAACCUGGUUUGUUAUGCAAUUCCACCAAGUCCCAACUGUUUGACCGAUUAAUGUUACUCUGCUUGUACGUUAACGUAUCAACGUACAAAUAUGAGAACGGUCUUCAGAACGAACUUUUGAAGAACUCAGUUAUUCUUCAGAAGUUGGGGGAAUGUUCAACGGCAUCCGCGGAAACGAAAUCGCAUUUCGGUUAAUCACUCGAGUGCUUAAAAAGUAAUUGCAUUACAGUGACACACUGCUCGUAGCGUAGUCUCUUACUGCAGCCGUGGGUUUGGCAGUGGCUUACGGAUUCGGCUUUAGAGGAUGAGAGACCUGCCGUCAAUAGCGACCCUGUCGAGGUUUAACACUUUUAGACGGCGAUUCGCGUCGGUUCAAGCGUUGCGUAAGCGUGUCCACGCUCUACAAGUUUGCAGAGCUGCAGGGAAUUGUGGGUUUGAGAUCAAAUGAGAAACAUCUGAUCGACUCCCCAUUUCCAGGGCUGCCCCAGGGGUCCCCUGAAGGCCUGGGACUUGGAGGCCCGUUUGGGGGAUGUGCCCCCCCCCCUUAUUUCGUGACAUAAAAAUUCCCGUUUUGGUAUCCACUUUUGUGUGAGAACCUGGGGAAAAUUGCCACCGCCCCUUCAACCCCCACUCCCCCCUUCCCUGUGGGGCAGCCCUGUCUCCAUUACUGCAGUUAGGAUACAGUUUCGUAAAGUAGGGUUUCUUAAAAAGUAUAUUUUCCUGGCGUGCCUGCAAUAGAAAAAAAUGUUGCGUGCUGUCGAGCCAUUUGACGUCGUGUGCACGGAUGUUACUGAUGUUCCAUGGCGUCGCUGUGAUAUAAUAACGACAAUUCCUACACGGGCGAAAUGCGGCAAGUCGUUGUGGUGACGUCCGCAUGUACAGCAGCUAACCCUUGCCUCUCGUCUACAAGUCUCGUUCAUCUCGCCCUCGUCUUCAUUGUCUACAACUUUCAUCUCUGUCUUCAUGUUCAUCAUCUCUUUGUAGCCCCCCCCCCCCCCCACUAAUCCUCUUCACGUAUCUGUGAGGGCCACGUCUGGCACAUGGGCUGCCAGUUUUAAGAGCCCUGGCAUAGGAUUACCGGUGUCACGUGCCCUCCACUUAACACCCCCGGCAGUUUGGACGCUUGCAUUACAGACGCCUUGUGUCAUUCGGGUGCCUUAGUUGUGCCCAGUAUUUGGGCACUUUCACCUCAUAGUAUAAAUAUACUACGUCAGUGGCAGCGCUACGUGGUAAGCUAUUUUGUAAUUGGCACUCGUUGAUUUUAGCGCUUAUUGGUUUAGCAUCAUAAAAAAUGAGCUUCAGGGGACUGCACGAUUGCCGUAUUCUCUGCAUAGUAAAACCCUUCAUAAAAGUUGUGAUCGAUAAAGUUAUACAGGUCGAGUCAUGUGCACACAUAGGUGCACCCAAUUUUUGCUUUGACAUACAAGGGGGUGGGGGUUAAGGUGCAUCUUAUCGGGAUAAUACGGUAAUUUAAAAUAUUUAGUCAAGAUAAUUAAGCAGAAAAGCCUGAAUUUCGGUUUGUAAAGAUUUGUAUUAUUCGUGCAUGAGACUUUUGGCACAAUUUUUUUGGGUUUGCUUGCAUGCUUGGGAGCCAGAGUGCAGAGAGAAAACCCACGCAUGUGAGAGGGCAACGCUGCAAAUCCGCUGCAAACAUAAGGCUACUUGCUGUACUACCUCCAGCAGGCGGGUGGCACACACAUCGUCAUCAUCAUCGCCGCCGCUCUAAAUGGACCGGCGAUUUAGGAGUUGCAUCCCUGCUUUAUCCGUCGUUGGGACUUUGCAACAUCCUGGCUCUUAACCCUGUCAUGCAUUAAUUAUUGAAAGCAAAAUACCUAACUUUUAAUUUAUCGGUUUAACACGAUAUCAGUCGACGUAACCCACUAAGUACGUGUUCAAUUUUAUACUGUAAUUUCUCCACAACAGUCCUGAUCUCGUCCUCCACGUUGGACCUAAGUUUUCCGCCACCUGGAAUGCCAGGCCUCUUGCUUUCGUCCAGCUGUUUCUGCAACACAGCAGCUCCCGUUGUUCAGCACUCUUGUCACAGCGCCGAGUCGGUGGACAUCCCACGGAGGGGACUGGGCGCACCGAUAUGUUUGAGGCGUGUGGACCACAGCCGCCGACGUGCCAACGAAUCGUUUCGGCGGACGCGAUGCAUGCGAGGGUUAAUUCAGCGCGUGUAGCUCCGUUGACGCACAAAGUGGCCUGUGUUCGCCGGUGUCUGGAACGCGAGCUUAUCGUGACGAUGAGUCUCGACGGAUGGACUCUGCUUUAUUAAAACUCAUAUGCCGGCAGGAGCUUCUAGAAUCUAGAAAAAAAAAUUAGUUGACUGUGAAACCCUGCCUCAAAUGCCAUGUACAGUGUGUCCUCAAAAUAACGGGGGGGGGGGGGAGGGGAGGGGGGUGAAUAUACCGUGUCCUGUAUUUUAGGAGGUACCUGUGAAAACUUUGAAAACAUUGGACAUCGUAUUGCCAAAGCUUCAAAAUUGAAACGGCGCGUAAAGCCCACGCUGUGUGGUCGUUGCCCGCCGAGUCUCAGCGCUGCACCGCAACAAAACCGCGCGGGCGCGUUCCCAUUGGCUCGGUCAAAUUUUUCGCCGCGCGGAAAAAAAAUUCUCCGCAGCGUUUCGAUUGUUGCGCGCGCGUUCCACGAUUUGAGCCUGCGAUGAUUUUCGGCGAUUUCGGUCGUCUUCUCGCGACGCGUGCGUCUUUAAAUCGCUUUCGCGAUCUAAACGCGCAAUGCAUAUUUUUGAUUUGCGUAAUAUCAAAAGCAAUAUAAAUAUACCAUUACAAGCCGUUGAUUGGAAUCAAUUUAGUCUUAGAAGGAACAGAACCAGCGCCAGGAUUUGGAGUUUCGUUCGUGUUAGGGGUUGUUGUAAGGAGCAUUGGUUAACUCAGGAAAGCCUGAGUCUCGACUCUUUCCCCCCCCCUCCCCCCGCGGUUCCUCUUGCUAAGUUGAUCAGUCGGGGUGCGAUGUUGACGUUUUCUUUUCACAAUUGAGUCAUUUGCAAGUAAAACUAAAAUUCACACCACCCCUUCGGGUAGAAGCGUUGUAUUUUGAGGACACGCUGCAAAGCGUUGCGUUGUAGCAGGGGUUGCCUGUCUGAAUGCGAUGUGCUUUUAAAACCGGUGACUUGUGUGAUGAAAAAAAAAUCAAAUGGACACAGUGGAACUUUAACUUUAUCAACGCCACGUGUUAAAAGAAAAGAGUUUGGCACAACAACACAAUGUCACUCUACUUGGUCGCUUGAGCGCGUGUGGGAAUGUUAGGCAGCUGCGGGGGGGGGGGGGGGGGUGAUGGGAUGGGAUGGGGAAAUUACUUGGGCUUUGGCUGGGAAUAAGAGAACACUCGGGACGAUAAGUGUUGGGGGUGGGGGGGGGUCACGGCAGACUUUAUUCAACGAGGUGUUUAGAUCACAGGCGAUCGUGUCAUCGUCAGAAAUGUACCCACGUCACAAAGGGCUUCGGUUGGCACAGAAACUCCUAUCAAGGUUGGGUUUGGGAGCGGGGGGGGGGGGGCGGUAUUUGGACGAUCGGCCUCGGAUGAAAAUGAAGCGUUUUCAAGAAUUGAAAAUAAAGCAAAAAAAGUGUUCAAGUGUUUCCGGAAAUGUGUUGUAGAUUCUCGUUUUGAAACGGUCGCGAGCUGCGUGGCUGGGACUUGAACUUAGUUCGUGGGGUCUCUAGCGCUGUGCCACUACUCCACCCAACAUCAGCCACUCGGUGGCAAUUUCCCGAGUGCCGUUAACACCGCACGCCUGCUGUGACGGUGGGAAUAUUUUAGACCGACGUUGGCCACAAAUACCCUUCCUGUAGUCAAAGCCUUUCACUCGUUAAUUAAAAACUAAUGCGACACCAAGCUGCUUGUUCAUGAGUAAUAGAACAUUUAUUGUUUUAAAUCCAUCGUGGUUUUUUGUUUGUUUGUUGUGGUUGCACCCGAUUCAAGAGCCGAAUGGCUCACAGGGCUAUACCAAAAUAAAUAAACUGAAAACUUAAACUGUAUAUCACAUCGCCCCCCUGUUGGUUUAAUUGGCAUAGCGACUGGUUUAUGUUUGCACAAUUCUGCGUGGCGCACUCAAGACGGGUCACUUGCAAGAGUGUUGCACGCGUGUAAUUGGGUUACUUGGUCUGCCAAUUUAUUCUAACACGAUAUUAGUAUAAUUAUGUUUCGGUUUUUUUAUUUUCUCUUCAAUCGAAUCCCGCACGGUCUGUUGUGCUGAAGUACGGCCGUGCGUUUUGAUCGACUACUUGAUUAGGAAUGGGCGUGAGUGAUUAAUUUGUCGUUCGUUUGUUUAAUUGUGGGGAGCGGUGGCGUAGCGGUUAGCGCGCUGCGCUACAGACCCGGCGAACCGAGUUCGAUUCUGACUCGCGGCCAACACUAGUGACGAUUAUUUGAACCGGUCGUGGGCCUCCCCUAGGUUGACUCAGCCUCUAAUGAGUACCUAGCGCGAUGUGUAAACAUCAGGUGCUCGCUAACAGCACUUGCCCCAACAGUCUGUUAAGCCUAUACGGGGGAUCUUUGUUUUGUUUUUAAUUGCUGUAAUUGACUCGCGGAAAUGUUUUGUCCCAAAAAAUAUGUAAUUCCGACGUCUGCGAAAUCGAGGUGGACGAGGUUGGUGGGGGGCGGGGGAUCGAAACGGGGGUGGGGAGGGGGGCGUGGAGCAAUUCUAAUAACAAACAAAAGCGGCUUCACUCUUAGUUAUUAUUUACGAGCAAUUAUUUUCGUGCCCCCCCCCCACCCCCCCGGCACAUCAGACCACCAAGUUGGCCCGGGUUUUAGUUUUUGUCGUUGCCAAGACCCGUAAAGUGUACCACGAAAUGCUGUUGUUGUUCAAAUUGUAUUCAAUCAACGUGGCCGUGGUUGGAUAAAUAAAUAAAUGACGUCCCCCCCCC